GCACUUACGUUUGACGCCGCAAAACAUGAGAUUUGUCCCAACCAGGACCCCGUAGUCACACCGACAUUGAGGAAGAAACAUGGCGGCGGCUCUGGCGAGGACGGUGUCCGGGCUGCUGAGGCCGCUGUCUGUCUCAAUAUGCGCCAGGACACCAAAGAUGUGUCAGUUCUCCAGCUUCAUCCAGCCUCAGCCUUUCUACAGCUCUGCUGCAGCCGCUGUCCGCGCUCCUCUGCGUGCUGCAGUGUGUCAGGCACCCCGGUUUAGCAUCCUGCAACGUGUGUCAGCUCUUGCUCCGUCUCUGACUCUGCAGCCCAGCAGAAGUCUGACGUACUACAGUCUGAAGAAGGGAAAGAGGAAGAGCGUGAAAUCUGUGACAGAAAGGUUCAUGAGGCUGCACUGUGGCCUUUGGAUCAGACGCAAGGCUGGAUACAAGAAGAAACUGUGGAAGAAGAAACCUGCCAGACGAAAGCGCCUGAGGGAGCAUGUCUUCUGUAACAAAACACAGAGCAGACUUUUGGAUAAAAUGACAACAUCUUUUUGGAAAAGGAGGAACUGGUAUGCAAAUGAUCCAUACCUGAAGUACCAUGACCGGGUCAACCUUAAAGUGUAAUGUGACGAUUUGUGCGAUGGCAUCUUGUUUUCUGGUUGAAUAUAAUGUAAUGAUGUAAUAUACAUAAUAAAGUCCUGUCUAAAAGGA